CUUUACUACUGCCUAGUUUACUAAAUUAAAAACAGAACAUGCACAAGCAAUCCAGUGGUUAGUCUAAAAACAUCUGUUUUGUCCAUAAGUAAAGGAAAUUGUUGAUUAACGGGGACUGAUACUGGAUCGCAUUAGCAAUGAUAUUGUCCCGGGUGAAGCCUGCGGUAGCCGCGGAGGUGCCGGUCGUCAAGACCAAAGGAAAAAAGUCCCCUCUGGUGGAAGAUUAUCUGUCUCGGAGGGACUACCUCGGCGCCAUGACGCUACUGGAGUUCCAGCGGAAUGUUGGAGAGCAAGGGGAGGACGCAGACCUGUGGCUCAGCUACUGCGCCUUCCACUUGGGGGACUACCGCAGGGCAAUGGAGGAGUACAGGAUCCUGACAGCGCAGGUUGACUGCAGACCGGAGGUGUGGGUGAACCUGGCCUGCUGUCUCUUCUGUCUGGGCCUCUACAGAGAAGCACAGGAGGCAGCGUUGAAAGGACCUGCGGACCAGCUGCAGAAUCGCCUGCUGUUUCAUCUGGCUCACAAGUUCAGUGAUGAGCAGCAGUUGAUGGGGUUCCACCAGAGGCUGCAGGAUGUGAGUGAAGACCAGCUGAGUCUGGCCUCCAUCCACUACAUGCGCUCCCACUACCAGGAGGCCAUCGACAUCUACAAACGCAUCCUGCUGCAGAAUAGGGACUUCCUGGCGCUGAAUGUGUAUGUCGCUCUGUGCUACUACAAGCUGGACUACUAUGAUGUGUCCCAGGAGGUGCUGGCCAUCUACCUGCAGAACCUUCCAGACUCCACCAUCGCCCUCAACCUCAAGGCUUGCAACCACUUCAGGCUGUUCAACGGCAAGGCAGCAGAGGCUGAGCUGAAGAACCUUAUAGACAUCUCUUCCUGCUCCUUUGAGUUUGCCAAGGAGCUCAUCAAACACAACCUGGUGGUGUUCCGGGGGGGGGAGGGGGCGCUGCAAGCCCUGCCCGCCCUCAUCGAUGUCAUCCCAGAGGCCCGUCUCAACCUGGUCAUCUACUACCUCCGCCAAGAUGAUGUCCAGGACUCCUACAACCUGAUCAAAGACCUGGAACCAAGUACACCUCAGGAAUACAUCCUGAAGGGGGUGGUGAAUGCUGCCCUGGGCCAGGAGCUCUGCUCUAGGGACCACAUGAAGAUAGCACAGCAGUUCUUCCAGCUGGUCGGCGGUUCUGCCAGUGAAUGUGACACCAUCCCGGGCAGGCAGUGCAUGGCCUCCUGCUUCUUCCUGCUGCGCCAGUUUGAAGACGUCCUCAUUUACCUAAACUCUGUGAAGAGUUACUUCUACAAUGACGACACCUUCAACUUCAACUAUGCCCAGGCCAAGGCUGCGGUGGGCAACUACCGGGAGGCAGAGGAGAUCUUCCUGCUGAUCCAGAGUGAUAAGAUCAAGACAGACUACAUUUACCUGAGCUGGCUGGCUCGCUGCUACAUCAUGAACCAGAAGGCUCGUCUGGCCUGGGAGCUGUACCUAAAGAUGGAGACGUCAUCCGACUCUUUUAGCCUCCUGCAGGUCAUGGCCAACGACUGCUACAAGAUGGGUCAGUUCUACUACUCUGCGAAGGCGUUUGACGUUCUGGAGCGUCUGGAUCCAAACCCGGAGUACUGGGAGGGGAAGAGGGGCGCCUGUGUGGGGGUCCUGCAGCUCAUCCUGGCUGGCAGGGAGUCCAGGGAGACCCUGCGGGAGGUACUUCCGCUGCUGAGGAACUCAGGAAACCCCCAGGUGGAAUACAUCAUCAGGAUCCUCCGCAAGUGGGCCAAGGACAACAGAGUCUCUCUGUGAUGUCAUCACUCCUCGCCCAGGCUGAUGUCGGCAGGUUCUCAUGCAGGUCCACUCCCCUAAGUGCCCUUUGACCUGCUCUGUAAAGCGUUUUCAAGUGACCCAGUGGUCAGUCACUUAUGCAUCUCUUUAUUGCUUCAUUGUUAUUUUGAGUUUUAAAAAAAGCAUUUACUGCGUUAUUGUUCCUUGUACUGGCGUUUUUUCAAUCUGUACAUAUGUGCCUGUUGAAAUAAAUAUAUGAGUUGUAUGUU